GGGCGCGGGGGGCGGCGCGGCGGGGCCGGGGCCGCGGCAAAUAGUCCUUUGUUUACAUGGGCCGGGGCUGGCGGAGGCGGCGCCGCCGGGGGAGGGAGCGCUGCGCUCGCACCAGCUGUUUCCCGCCUUGAGACAGACACACGCCCGCACACACACACACACACACAGACACAGACACACGCGCACAUACACGCGCGCGCACACAGACACACACACAUACACGCGCGCACACGCACCCACACGGGCCGGGGCUCGGCUCGGCUCGGCUCAGAUCAGCUGCGCGCGGCGCGGCCGCCCCGCCGGGCCCCCGCCCGCCCGCCCGGCAUGGAGUACUUCAUGGUGCCCGCGCAGAAGAUGCCCUCGCUGCAGCACUUCAGGAAAUCCGAGAAGGAGGUGAUCGGCGGGCUCUGCAGCCUGGCUAACAUCCCAUUGACUCCAGAGACCCAGCGGGACCAGGAGCGGCGGAUACGCAGGGAGAUAGCGAACAGCAACGAGCGAAGGCGGAUGCAGAGCAUCAAUGCCGGCUUCCAGUCUCUGAAAACCCUCAUUCCGCACACAGAUGGGGAGAAGCUUAGUAAGGCGGCGAUUCUCCAGCAAACAGCUGAAUACAUUUUCUCACUGGAGCAGGAGAAGACUCGGUUACUGCAGCAGAACACACAGCUCAAGAGGUUCAUUCAGGAGUUCAGCGGCUCCUCCCCUAAGCGGCGGCGGGCAGAGGACAAGGAUGAGGGCAUCGGCUCGCCAGACAUCUGGGAGGAUGAGAAGGCAGAAGAUCUGCGCCGAGAAAUGAUUGAGCUCCGGCAGCAGCUAGACAAGGAGCGCUCAGUCCGCAUGAUGUUGGAAGAGCAGGUGCGGACCCUGGAGGCCCACAUGUACCCUGAGAAGUUGAAGGUGAUUGCCCAGCAAGUGCAGCUCCAGCAGCAGCAGGAACAGGUGAGGUUGCUGCACCAGGAGAAGCUGGAACGGGAGCAGCAGAUCCGAACUCAACUGCUGCCAGCACAUGGUCCCCCAGCACCCACCCAUCAUCCCACUGUGAUUGUACCAGCUCCUCCUCCUUCCCAUCACGUUACCGUGGUAACCAUGGGUCCAUCCUCUGUAAUCAACACGGUCUCUACAUCCAGGCAAAACCUGGAUACCAUUGUUCAGGCAAUCCAGCACAUUGAAGGGACACAGGAGAAGCAGCUGCUGGAGGAGGAGCAGAGGCGCGCGGUCAUUGUGACACCCGUCCGGGUGUGCCCGGAGCCCUCCAACUCCGACACUGCCUCUGACACAGAGGGUGAUGACAGUGACGCCAUGGAUCAGAGCAAGGAAGAUGUCUCGGGGGAGGGGGAACUGCCCUGACACCCCCCCCAGCCAACAGCUGGGAAUGGGGGAGGGGAGGGGAAUGUCAGAGAAUAUGCUGAAAUUUUUACAAAAUACAAUGAAAUUUGGGUCUCUUUUAUGACCUUUUCCAAUACUGUAAAUCAGAGCGCUAGAACCAGACAAACCGAAUGGUCACUCUUCAGUUCAAAGCAAAUGGGUGUGAGGGUGGGGGAGGGAGGUAGGGAGGAGGGGUGCAGUGCUAAUGGGUCGGCACUAAGGGGCAGUGUUAACUAGCAAAGGGCCAAAACUGGAACCCGGGAUCUGAGCCCAGAGGAACUGCUGAGGAUUUGGAUAAUGGGGCUCCUGGCUCCAGAUCACCCGUUGUUUUGUAAAACUGACCCCCUACCUACAGCGAGUCUCUCAAAACCAAACCAGCCUCGGUUUAAUCCACCACUGGUGUGGCCAAGUGAUCUCCAGCAUGGGGGCUUGGCAGCAUCCGUGGACCGGCCUGAGUAAUUGUUUCUGUUUGUUGAUAGUUUUUGUUAUUUUUAAAAAAAGGAGGAGAAAAAAAAAAAACCUUAAAGGGACACUGUUAGCUGAAGUCACACUGCGCACAGCGCAUAGUCUCCACCCCUUUUCUGAGCUCCCAGUCCAACUCGCAGGGAGUGGAGAGGAAAGUGUCAGGCUGCUCAGGCAGGAUGACAGUGUGCCUGGUGGGUGUGUAGUCAGUUUUGCUACUUUUGCAACCCCUUUGCCAGUUUCCCCAUGUUUGAACCCAGAUGGCAAUGGGAAGAGAGAGACUUUAGAAAGCCAAAGUGGGGGCUGGGGAUUGUAAAAGUAGCAGAGUGGUCAGGGGACCCAGGGGCAGGAGCACGCCCUCACUUUGAAAAGGAAACAUUGAUUUUUAAAUUUGGUCGUGUUCCUUUACUUUUAAAAUACAAAAAAUCCUGAUAAAUCCACAGCCAUCCCAGCCCCCACAGUGGGAGCUGUCCAACCCAACAAUAUCUGCUUCACAUUCUUUAUUUUCUCUUUUGUUUCUUCCUGUAAGCACUUAAUCCAUUGCGUGGGGUCUGACAGGUCAGAAGAACUCUUCUGUUUUGUGAUUGUGUUGCUUCCAUUUUUUUUGGUUGUUUUUUUUUUUUUUUUUUUUAAUUUCCCUGUCUCCCCUCCAUGCCCCUCCCUGUUUGGCUGUAGGUUUAGGCCAGUGUUGUGUAGAACCUUGUCGGUAUUUGGUAGGUUCCUCCCCAGCCGCAGAUGUCUCUGUUUCUUUCAUUUUUGUAUUUUUUUUGUUUUUGUUUUUUUACGAUUUUUCAGGUCUUUGUGUUCAUUGAGAAGCUAUUAUAUUUUGUUAAGAAAGUGGAAAAAAAAAUGAGGCUUGUGCCUUUGUAAAGAAACAAAAUAAAGUUUGUACUUUGUUUUUUAGAA